CAAAAAAAUGAGUCAAGUGACAGUAGAGGGCAAUACAAGGACAGACCAACCUCUUCCUAUUUUAAUCCCAAAAAAAUUUGCAAUCUUUUUGCGUGAGAGCCCAGAGGGGUUGGGAUCGUCGAUUAGAAAGGUAGCCGUUAUUUCUUCUCUCUUCUACUUUAAUUUCUACGGUAGGAACUCCGUCAACAUAGCUGUCUUUUUGUGACCACCACCCCCCAGCUCUCGAUACAAAACAUUCUCUCUCUCCCUCUCCAGACCACCAUCCCACCCCCGCCUUUCCUUUUUUUUUUUUUGCCUUUUUCCUUUUGAUUUUUGUCUUUGCUUCCUCAGCUAUAAUUCUCUCAAUUGAGACAAAAAAGAUGGGAUUUUUCCUCACCAGACUACAAAAAGAUUAAUUUUUUCUUUCUACUGCCCAUAGUUCAAGAGGCCAGAGGACAGUUGGAGUGGGGUGGGGGGAGGGGGAGGGGGUGGCAGGGAUAUGGGAAAGAGGAAGAGAGAGAAGGGAAAUAUGUCCACAGAAGACUCCAACUUGCGGAUAACCCCUUCUGCAUGCUUUACAGCCCAUAAAAUAAACCCCCUUUUCUCUCAUUCCUUCCCCCUUUCCUUUUUUUUCUAUCUCUAUUCAGCUCUUCCCCCCUUUUGUUAAUUGUUUUUUGUUGAUGGGCACCGCAUUCUUGAGUUUAUCGCUGUCGAUGCGUUUUUCCUGUCUUUUCUUUUGAUGGGUUGGCGUGUUUAGGCCUUGUGAAGAAGAAAAGAGAGAGUCUCCUUUUAUUCUUUGAUUUCAACUGGUGUGGGCUUGGUAGUGAAGUGAAGGAGAAGGAAAAAAGAAGAAGAAGAAGGGGAGGAAGAAGAAGGGGAAGGGAAAGAGUCUGAUACCGAGUUGGCGCUGCGUCACUGUCUGUCGGCACUGUCGGCACUCAGAUGAUGAUUGGAAAUGUGGGGGGCGGGAUUCAAAUAAAUUAUUGUGGUAUUUUUAAGUACAGAUGAGAUGCCUACGGCUUAACUGGCCGGUUGGCUAUAGCAAACACCACCCACUUGAAGAAGCGAUCAAAGGGCUGGGAUUCAGCGACAACCACUUGGGGCAUAUCCCCAACUGUGCAUGGUGAAUUGGGCAUAUAGAGUGCUGUUCUCGGGGUGGUUUGCAAUUUCUGGUUUGGUUUCUUCAUUUGGAUAAUAUCUCUGUGCCAAUGUGGACGAAAGCUUUACUUUUGGUGCAUUAGCAAUACGUGAUUUAAUCAGGAUGAUGAACGAAUGAAGCGAUCCAAUCACAAGCUGCAGACCUUUGGUUUGAGAAGGUUUCAGGUUCAAUGUAUAGAGAGGCAGAUUUUCCUGCCACCAUUCAACUGUACUGAGGUGGGCCUUAUACCAAAUGUCACUUGCAGCAGCUGUUGGAGGUGCUGCAGGAGCCAUGGCAUUGGUAGGGAUAGUGAUCAUUUUUGUAUGGUAUUGCUUACUGCGUAGAAGGAGUGUUACCAAUUCAUCAGAACCAUCUCUACAAGGACAAAGUAUUGAAAUGUCUUUCGGUGGAGGUGUCUCUUACCCACCAGGCUUGCAAGAAGCAAGACGCUUUACACUGGAGGAAUUGAAUGUGGCGACAAAGAAUUUCGGCAAUAUCAAUCUGAUUGGUUAUGGAAUGUUUGGAGAAGUCUACAAGGGCUUGCUUCAUGAUGGAAUGAUUGUAGCUAUUAAAAUUAGGCCAUCUGCUCCACGUCAGGAAUUUGUUGAAGAGGUACAUUACUUGUCAUCUAUUCGGCAUAGGAAUCUUGUGAGCCUUUUGGGAUACUGCCAGGAAAAUGAUUUGCAAAUGCUAAUCUAUGAGUAUAUACCAAAUGGCAGUGUUUCCACUCACUUAUAUGGUUCUGGUCAGGUGGCAACUUCAAGGCUAGAAUUCAAGCACAGGCUCUCGAUAGCUCAUGGGGCAGCUAAAGGUCUGGGUUUCCUGCAUUCUUUGAAUCCUCCUCUUGUACAUAUGAACUUCAAAACAGCAAAUGUUCUUGUAGAUGAGGACUUCAUACCAAAAGUUGCAGAUGCUGGGCUCCGAAGCUUACUUGAUAGAAUUGAUGAUGCUGGUCCAUCUUCUCGAAUGACAACAGAUGAUCCUUUCCUCGAUCCUGAAGUGAAGGAGUCUGGAAGAUUUUCUGUAACGAGUGAUGUAUAUAGUUUUGGGGUGUUUCUUAUGGAGUUAGUAAGUGGACGGGAAGCUAGAUCUGACCUACACAUCAUUGAAUUGGUACUUAAGAUGUCAUGAAGGCACUUCAAGCAAUCAGAGAAGUGUUUAUGACACGUUUUAGUUAAUGAUGGCAUCCAGAGGACACAUGCAUAUCCAGCUAUGUAGCAAGGCCAGGAUGAGGUAAUGAUGAAGGGGUUUCAAGCUAGCGAUCCUUAAUUAACUGAGAUGAUAUUUAGAGGCCAAAGUCUUGACACUGUUGAUUUCUUCUGGAGAAAUAGAUUGAGUAAGCUCAGGGACAACUCAACAUGGGACAUAUGAUGCCUCAUAAGCUCAAUGAGGACAGCAUCGGCUAGGAUAGGUUGGAUAGUUGUCAAGGAUAGGCUGAACGGAAAUCAAUUGUGACGAGUUUGAGAUAGGUUAGAUACGAUGAUCCAUGGGAUUCCCUUGUUGGUCUAGUAGGAGGACCGUGAUGAGGUGCAAGAUCUAUAGUUUUCAGAAUGUGAGCAGAAAGUGGUUAGAACAAUCACUAGAACCAUCAAAGGAGUGGAGAUCGGACGUGGACAGGGGUCAACAUUAGAAAUGAGCAGUUACUAUAGCUUCGACAGCGUGACGCAUAAAUAGUGGGAUAUAACUUUGAAGAAAGGAUCCUUUCAUCCAUCAAAAACCUAUUGCUGAUUUUAUCUUUAUCUCC